GAAUGAGAGGUAUUAAAUAUCCCUCCACUGCCAAUAAGGAAUAUUGAGUUACACGAAUUGAUGUACUUUUCAGUUUUCACUCGGCUUUUUCUCAUUGACGCGUGGAAAUAGUUAAGUACUGCAGGUGUUCGCCCUUCCCUCCCCCGUAGUUCGCACCAUUGCAUCAGCCCCAGCCAAGUUUCAACGGUUAGGACCUUAAAUCGCAACUCAAACAUCAUAGCUCCAUCGUUACGAAUCUCCCAUUUAUGUCCCUCACUUUACAGUCUCAUUGUUCAGCUUCAUCUAUGCCUUAUUAUUCAGACACCGAGCUCGGUUUGUACCCCACUCCUAUCCUUAAGACUAAGGCGGACUGGCCUCUCUGGAUUCAGUCUAUCGUUCGCCGAGCGUGCCGAACUGGAGUGUGGGAAUAUAUCAAACCCAACGGUCCCAACUUCCCACCGCAGUCUCCAGAGCUUACCGACGAGGAAUUUGACAAACUGCCUCCAGACGAGAAACUUUACCUUGAGAGAGAAGGCCCUACUAGAGACCUUGCCUGGGAAGGAAUAUGGUGGCUGAUGGAUGACAUGUUGUUUUCACUCCCCGAGGGGUGUGGUUGUAGAGUAUAUUUGGACUGUAUGGACUCUCCACGAUAUUGGCUAGAGACCAUCAGGGAAUAUUUCGGAGUAUCAGAGAGUGAGCUGUCGACGCUGAGACCCCGAACAUGAUCGAGCUCUACUCAACCACCUCUGGUCUCCUUCCCUCCAACUCCAUACGCAAUGCCUGGGCGUAAGACGACCUUGCCGCGAUGUCGGUACGACCUCAAAUUUCGAUAUUAAGACUGUUACUACUUCAGUAUGGGCCGGAUGCCACAGGGCUGGAAACUCAGGGAAAACAUCAUCCGGAAGCUUACGAAGAUCAUGCUGGAAAACAUGGAAACGAGAAGAAUGAUUCUACAGAUCUUGCCAAAGGAGGGAAUCGAACUACUUCAUUGGUUCUCAACCGUCUCGUCAAUAUCAUGUGGAUCGGUGGGAUUCGAGAACUCGUCCUCGGGGGGUCGUAGCCAGGAGUUCUACCUGGGAACCUAGUCUGUGAUCAUGUUUGCAACAACUUCAACCAGGUUCUCGGACUAUGCCCCUGCCUCCGGAGUUUUCAAAAUGGGGGACAGCCAC